AAGCCACCUACUUUCACUUUCGUUUUUACAACACAACAAACAGGUCAAUGUUUAAAGUUCAAAACUAUAUUUUAUAGCAGGAAAUUAUGAGUGGUUUUGUGGAUGAUCUAAGUGAAAAGCAAAGUACAACACUUCAAAAGUUCAGAGAAAAUGUGAAAGAUGUACUGGAACCUGAGCAUGAUGACCACUACCUCUUACGAUGGCUUCGUGCCAGAAAUUUUGACCUCAAGAAAUCAGAAGAUAUGCUCAGAAAGCACUUGAUAUGGAGGAAGGAAGAAGAUAUAGACAAUAUAUUGAGACAAAAAACUCCUGAUGUUAUUGAGAAUUAUUACCCAGGGGGCCAUUGUGGAUUUGACAAAGAUGGAAGCCCAGUUUGGAUAGAUCCCAUCGGAAAUAUUGACCCAAAAGGAUUGUUGAGGUCAGCUAAGAAAAAAGAUGUCAUCUAUAAAGAAAUAAAAAAUGCAGAAUAUGUGCAGCAGCUUAUGAAACUUCAGACUAAAAAGCUUGGGAAGAGAGUUGACCAGAUAAUUAUAAUAUAUGACCUUGAAAACUUUGGCAUGAAACAUCUAUGGAAACCUGGAAUGGACACAGUGGUUAAAUUUCUAGAAAUGUUUGAAGACAAUUAUCCAGAAGCUCUGAAGAUUGCCUUUAUUAUAAAUGCACCAAGAUUUUUUCCUGUUGUUUAUAAAUUGAUACGACCAAUCCUCUCGGAGGAUACUGUUAACAAGAUUAGAAUAUUUGGAACUAACUACAAAAGUGAGUUAUUAAAGUGUAUAGAUGCUGACCAGUUGCCUGUUUACUGGGGUGGAUCGUUGACCGAUAAAGAUGGAGAUCCUAAAUGUCCUUCUAAGAUUACUCUUGGAGGAGAGAUACCUAAGGAAUAUUAUCUAAAGAUAGCCUCAGAGGAAAUGGAGAACUUUACUACAGUUAAUGUUAAACGAGGGUCUUCUCUACAGGUGGAUGUUGAUGUGAAAACAGCAGGAAGCUGUAUAAGAUGGCAGUUUACGACAGAAGGGUAUGAUUUAGGAUUUGGAGUGUAUAAGAAAACAAAGAAGGAUGAGAAACAGCAUGCUGGAAAGAUGAUACCUGUGGUCCACUCAGAAAGAGUUGACAGCCAUCUUGUACCAGAAGACGGUAGUGUGGCUGUUAAAGAAGCUGGGGCUUAUGUGGUACGUUUUGACAACACAUACAGUUACAUAAGAAGUAAAACCAUCAGUUAUCUAAUAGAGGUCCUAGAACCAGAGGUAGAGGAGGUCAACGCACACACCUACGAUAAAACCAAUGCUAAGGGAGAUAAAUCAGAUUUAUGUAUCGACAGUACCUUAGAUGUAGGUGAAGGUGACCUUGGGACAAAGGGAGUAGACGGACAUUCUACUGAUAUGUGAAAGGUUCCCAAGGGGGAAAUUGAAGAAAAUUGUUAGAAUAUUAUUUGUUAUUGGUCAUUCACAAUAAAUUUUCUGUUAAACAGCUGAUAUGGUCCCCAUAAAGUGUCUUUUAGACUUUCCUUGUAUUUCAAUUUAUUUAAAAAAAAAAAAAC